GCCUUUUCCUCCGCUGGGGACCGCCCAGUUGUUACCCUGACAACGCAAAUCCGAGCUCAGUCGCAGAACGGGCCCUUCCCGAGGUCGUUAUCUGCGCCUGCGCGGGAACCAUUCUAGGCGGGCCUUUCAAAUUUCGCUCUGUCAGGGAUGCGUUCACCAUCUCCGGCUUCCGGCGGAGGCCUGGGUCUCCACGUCUUGCCACUCAGUAUAGCUUAAAGAAUGGCCUCCUCAGAUCUGGAAAAAUUAUGCUCUCACAUUAAUGAAAAGAUUGGCAAUAUUAAAAACACUAUGUCAUUAAGAAACUGCGGCCAAGAACCUGCCUUGAAGACUAUGUUAAAUAAAAUAGGAGAUGAGAUCAUUGUAGUAAAUGAACUUUUAAAUAAAUUGGAAUUGGAAAUUGAGUAUCAAGAACAAACCAGCAAUUCACUCAAGGAACUCUGUGAAUCUCUUGAAGAAGAUUUUAAAGAUAUGCAACAUCUCAAAGAAAACAUUCCUCCCCAUUUGCCUCAAGUAACAGUAACCAAGAGCCUUGCUAAGGAAUCAGAUCUUAGCUCUGAAGAACCAGUCAAAGUUGUGGAAUCUGUACCCAUAAAUAAGCCCCCAAAAGGACAAAGAAAUAUUAAGGAAAUGCCAUUUAUAACUUCUGAUGAGUUCAACGGUAUUCCUGCGUACAUGAAAUCCCGCUUAACCUAUUGUCAAAUUAACGAUAUUAUUAAAGAAAUCAACAAGGCAGUAGCUAGUAAAUAUAAGAUCUUACAUCAGCCAAAAAAGCCUAUGAGUUCUGUGGCCAGAAACCUCUAUCACAGAUUUAUUGAAGAAGAAACAAAGGAUACCAAAGGUCUUUUUUUUAUAGUGGAAGCAGACAUAAAGGAGUUCACUGCUUUGAAAGUUGACAAGAGGUUUCACGUGAUACUGAAUAUUUUACGACACUGCAAGAGGCUCUCAGAAGUUCGAGGGGGAGGACUGACGCGUUAUGUUAUAACCUGAGGCCCUGUGAGCUCUUGAACCAAUCAACAGUAGGGUAUAGAGGCUAUCCCUGUAAUUUCUUUAUAUAUAAUUUCAUUAGCUUUUUCAUUUUCUUGUUUCUUAUAAAAAUAAAACUUUUUAUUUUGAUAAAACAUAUAUUUUAAAAAUUUACUCCUUUUCAACAAAUAUUGAAGCUCCUACCAUAGAACCCUCUGUGCUAGCCACAUAAUGGAACUAAAAAUGUUUACAUCUAGUUUUUGUGUUUAGUGGGCAAUGCAGCAGACUCAGAACGAAGGGUACAGAUGUAAUCAUGGAAGAAAAGCCUCAUGUAGAUAAGGUCAAGAAUCCCCAGGCCCCUUAUAAAUAAAGAUCAUUAGUGUCUAAAUUCCAUCAAUGGCGUUUCAGUCUACAGGAAAACUUCCUAAAAGUUGGAUGUAGAGGCAAAUUAGACAUGUGAUUAUUCUGCUUUCCCAUAUGACAUUAAGGAGCAGCUUAUAUGAAGUGCAUUCAGUAUAAAUCAGUCUGUAAACUUCAACUUGUAAUUAAAUUGCAGUGCAAGUACAUUGAAAUGAAAAAAGAUGAUAAAAUAACAUGUGUAAGCAGGUUGAUAGUGGUCAUGAAUAAUGAGUGAUUAGACUGUAGGAAUUUGGCUAUGUUUCUCUUCCACACCUGGGGAGAUUAUCUGAUCUAUCUUAUGUCUGUGCCAUCUGUUUGGCAGGCUUAUCCCCGUAAGGGAGAACAAAAAUGUCUCAUCAGGCCCUGUGCCCUGGUUAACACCAUCACUGUGAUGACCACAGAGUACAUUGCUCUUAUCCUCUUUCUGCUUAAUUUAAACGCAAGUACAUUUAAUUUUUCUUGUCUCACUUUAAAUAAAAGU